CUGCUGCUGAAGGAGAUGGAGUUUUUCACUGAGUAUGGAGAUGCCAACAGGUACAAAAUCUUGGAGGUAAUUGGCAAGGGAAGCUAUGGAGUUGUUUGUGCGGCCAUCGACACGCAUACUGGGGAAAAAGUCGCUAUAAAGAAAAUACAUGGUAUCUUUGAGCACAUUUCUGAUGCUAUUCGAAUCCUUCGAGAAGUCAAGUUGCUCAGGCUUCUGCGACAUCCUGAUAUUGUUGAAAUCAAGAGCAUCAUGUUGCCAACCUCGAAGAGGGAAUUCAAAGAUAUUUAUGUCGUUUUUGAGCUCAUGGAGUCUGAUCUUCACCAAGUGAUCAAAGCUAAUGACGAUUUGACUAGAGAACACCACCAAUUUUUCCUUUAUCAAAUGCUACGAGCUUUGAAGUACAUGCACACAGCAAAUGUCUACCAUCGAGAUCUUAAACCAAAAAAUAUAUUGGCAAAUGCGAACUGUAAACUGAAGGUUUGUGACUUUGGAUUAGCAAGAGUUGCUUUUAGUGACACGCCGACGACGAUAUUUUGGACGGACUAUGUCGCUACAAGAUGGUACAGGGCUCCAGAGCUGUGUGGAUCUUUUUUUUCCAAGUAUACACCAGCAAUUGAUGUUUGGAGCAUCGGUUGCAUCUUUGCGGAAGUGAUGACUGGAAAACCAUUGUUUCCCGGAAAAACCAUUGUUCACCAGUUAGAUUUGAUUACCGAUCUUCUUGGGACACCUUCCGCAGAAUCCGUAUCUGGGGUUCGUAAUGAGAAGGCAAGGAAAUAUUUGACAGAGAUGCGAAGAAAGCAGCCUGUGUCCUUUACCCAUAAAUUUCCAAAUGCUGAUCCACAGGCUCUUAGGCUGUUGCAAAGAUUGUUGGCUUUUGAUGCAAAGGAUCGGCCAACUGCUGAGGAGGCUCUUGCCGAUCCUUACUUUAAGGGUCUAGGCAAGGUUGAGAGGGAGCCUUCUUCUCAGCCCAUAUCAAAGCUGGAGUUUGAGUUUGAGAGGAGAAGAUUAACUAAGGAAGAUGUUAGGGAACUUUUGUACCGGGAGAUAUUGGAGUACCAUCCACAGCUACGCAAGGACUACAUGAACGGAACUGAAAGCACCAAUUUUCUGUAUCCUAGUGCCAUUGGUCAAUUCAGGAGGCAGUUUGCACAUCUUGAGGAACAUGGUGGGAUAAGUGCUCCGGUUAUACCUUUGGAGAGAAAGCACGCGUCUCUCCCAAGGUCCACAGUGCACUCCGGUACAGUUUUACCAAAUUGCGAUUCUAAUAUUGCAUCAAGAGAUAAUCAACAAGUUAGUGAGGAUGCUUCUAAGGACUUUGGAGUAGUAGAUGCUAUUUCCAGCUAUCCAUCGAAGGCUAUACGGCCACCUCCAAGGGUACCAAGUGCAAGGCCAGGCAGAGUUGUCGGACCAGUGCUACCUUAUGAGAAUGGUAGAACCAUGAAGGUUGAUUCUGAUGACAGAACUGCCUUCUACAGAAGUGCUGCAGUUCCCUCUCAAUCCAUCUCUCCACAAUGUCUUAUCAGGCCACAUUCGGCGAACCAGGAGAUGCUGGCGAGAGAAACUGACAACAGCCAUCUACAAGAAAAACCAACACGGGGCUCACAAUAUAGAAUGGCAGUGAAUCCGGUCCCUGGCAUGGCCAAGAUAGAUGUACAUACCAAUCCGUACUUCCCAACCCAGGCUGAGGUAGGGGUAGGGCAGUUAAAGGAUAGAAUUGCUAUAGAAGCUAAAGUGUUUCAGGCACAAUCUCAGUUUGGGGCCGUUGGUGCUGCUGCUGUUGCCAUCUCGGCUCACAGAAAUGUGGGUUCGGUUCAGUAUGGCUAGUAUCCACACGAGUCGUCUCCUCCAGAAGAUGUGGCUUAUUUGAGUGUAGUGAACUCCUUGUGUCAUUAUUUAGGGUCUCGUAUGAUUUACAGAUGUACGGCAUUGAUUUACUAGUGGAAAUAACCCCCUCAUUCUUCCAGAAA